AUGAUUCUGGUACUUGUAACUACAGGAGCAACGGUUACAUUUGAAUCAUUGAUUUUAAAAUUGAUCAAUGCUGACCUUAUUGAACAAUUGAUUGCACUAAACGUGGACAAAUUAUAUUUCCAAUAUGGAAAUGAAAUCAAAGGAUCUCAACAUAUCAGUCGGAAUUUCUUUGUUAAUCACUUAUCCAAAAGCGGAAUAGUGGAGAAAUUUAACCUUGAAAUGAUAGGGAGCUCGAAGCAAACUGGUGACGUGGAACACUAUAAGUCAGAUAUAUUUGAAUUGAUUACAUUUCCUUACUCACCUCAUAUCGACGACUACAUAGACAAAGCAUCAGUUGUUAUAACUCAUGCAGGAACAGGAUCAAUAGUAGAUGCUUUGACAUUACGUAAAAAGUUAAUGGUAGUAGUUAACGACCAGUUAAUGGAUAAUCAUCAAUUGGAAAUAGCUCAAGAGUUUUCCAAAUCAAACUAUUGUUUAGCUUAUGAGAUAAAAGAUAUGGAAGGUGACAAUAAUCGAUUUGUAAGUGAUUUAGAAAAAUUGCUUAAAGAUGAAAUCCGAUUGAAAAAGUUUCCUAACAAUGAUGGUACUAUUAUAGAGUCUAUCAUAUAUAAUGAGUUGACCUCUUGA